UGGAAUCGCUCAACCGGUGCGGAUCUCGGGGUUUGUUCUUGGAGGAUCGUGGAAGAUUUGUGCAAAAUCUGUAGGAUAGAAAAUCCUGUGGGAAUCCGAUUAUUCCCGGUGAGUUUUCCGGCAGAUGGACUGUUGACUUAGGCGGAUUUCGAUGGUGUUUUUUGAAAGUUUAAUUUUUUUCAAGUGUUUGAUUUUCUAAACUCCUCAUCACAUCCGGUUGGAAUUGUGAAUAGUGCGGAAGCUGCCAUGAACUUUACGCCCUAAUUGUUGAUUGAAACGCCUUCAGAUCGGAACCGAGUAAAUUGUGAAGAUUUACGAGAGCCUCAAUAGUUCGGCGAUUCUAUUCCCAGACUUAGCAUUUUAAUAAUUCAUAUCGCGUUUGUUCACUCGUGUAAGGUUCGUCAUUCCUCAGCAAAAGAUUUUUUUUUCUCAAUCCGAUAGAAUAGAACCAUUUGGAGUGACAACUUAGUGGUGCGAAGGUGUGUUCCCCGGCUUUGAUCAUCGCUUAGAAAUGUACUCGUAAGAAUCGCGCUUGCUUACCAAGUCAGAAGCAAAGAAACAAUCCAACGCGAGACGCAUCAAGAUAUCUCGCCGCGCCGCCAUUUGUCAUAGUUUGUUUAUUUGAAGUGUGGUGUUAAUGAACAAGUAAACAUCGCAAAACACAAUACACGCUAGUUGAAAAAAUUGCAACGACAUCAUUCCGAAUCAGCCGGGAAGUUUCGUAAAACAAUUCCUCAUAUCCGAGAAUCUGCAUUUAUCAGGUGCUACAUCGGAGACUUGAGCGACCAAUUAAAGCGGCAGCGACGAACCUCCGACGACCCUCUUCUCCAGGCUGGGUAAUUUUUAUGCCAGCAACAGCAGCAGAGCGAUGGGAAAUCUUCCGAAAGUGAUACUAGCGAUUAUUACGUUCCAGUUAUAUGGAGCCGUGUUCGCGCAGCAGGAAGUUCUAGUUGCAAUUGAUGAACCAGGAAAAACACAGUACCAUGAGGCGAAUUUCAACACCAGUGCCUAUCAAUUUGGGUACGAGGUCGGCCCGAACGGUCAAUUUCAUCACGAAACCCGGGGCCCAGACGGAGUAACGUACGGAUGCUACGGCUAUAUUGAUCCCAACGGUCUACUGCGCGUAACUCAUUAUGUGGCCGAUUCCCAUGGUUACCGAGUGGUCGAACCAAACCGUCCGGUGGAAAUUUUCACCGAUGCUCCACAGACGUAUAGCAAUUCGCUAUCCGAGGAGGAUCAGUUGGUACGCAACCGGGGACAAUUUGUUGCUUGGCAGGAUCUAUAUCUCCCACGUGGAUGUGGAAUGUUCCCGGGUGGGUUAAGGCCGGAUGGACCCCCGGUAACAACACCACCCCCAACGACGUCCGCACCCCAACGACCCAGCGGUGGUUCCGGUGGGACUGGCGUUGGUAAUCCUCAAGCAACCGGAGGAACGACGACAACGACCAAACGACCGAGCGGUUCGGGUGGAUCAAAUCAGGGUCAACGUCCUGGACAGGGGCAAGGCCAGGGUCAAAACCAAGGACAGAAUCAGAGUCAAAAUCAAGGCCAGGGUCAACGUCCUGGACAAGGACAAGGGCAGGGCCAGAAUCAAAGCCAAACUCAGGGACAAGGACAAAACCAAGGGCAGCGUCCUGGUUCAGAACAGGGACAAGGGCAAGGUCAAGGUCAAAAUCAAGGUCAGACGCAGGGCCAGGGUCAAGGACAAGGGCAAGGACAAUGGCAAGGUCAAGGUCAAGGACAAGGUCAAGGUCAAGGACAAAGUCAAGGUCAAGGACAAGGUCAAGGACAAGGACAAGGACAAGGUCAAGGACAAAGUCAAGGUCAAGGUCAAGGUCAGAAUCAAGGACAGGGACAAUGGCAGGGUCAAGGACAAGGCCAAGGCCAAGGUUCACGUCCUGGUCAGGGACAAAACCAUGGGCAAGGUGGAAAUCAAAACCAAGGACAAUGGCAAGGCCAAUGGCAAGGUCAAGGCCAAGGGCAAGGACAAGGGCAGCGUCCAGGUCAGGGACAGAACCAGGGUCAAGGACAGAAUCAAGAACAAGGGCAAGGUCAACGGCCUGGUUCCAAUCAAGGACAAGGUCAGAAUCAAAGUCAAGGACAAGGACAAGGUCAGAAUCAAAGUCAAGGUCAGGGACAAGGACAAGGUCAAAGCCAGAAUCAGGGACAGGGACAAAACCAAGGACAAGGGCAGAACAAUUCCGGUCAUCACCAUCAAGGACAGCAUCAGGGUUCCCAUCAAGGGCCUAUAAGUUCUGGACAGCAUCAAGGACAACAUCAAGGCAGUCAUCAGGGCAUAAAUCAAGGAUCUCACCAAGGUCAGCAUCAAGGGUCCCAUCAAGGACCGAUAAGCUCGAGCGGGCAUCAGAAUCAGCAUCAAGGUAGCCAUCAGGGCACAUCUGGCCAGCAUGGUGGUCAACAUCAGGGACAGCAUCAGGGUCCCAUUAGUUCUGGUCAAGGUCAAGGACAGCAUCAGGGCAGCCAUCAAGGCAUAAGUCAAGGUUCGCAUCAGGGUCAGAAUCAGGGAUCCCACCAAGGGCCGAUUAGCUCUAGUGAGCAUCAGAAUCAGCACCAGGGUAGUCAUCAAGGAACUUCGGGUCAACAUGGUGGUCAACACCAGGGUCAGCAUCAGGGACCACUUGGCUCCGGUCAACAUCAGGGGCAACAUCAAGGUAGCCAUCAAGGUAUUAAUCAGGGAUCACAUCAGGGCCAACAUCAAGGUCAGCACCAGGGUCCCAUUAGCUCUGGUCAGCAUCAGGGAAGCUAUCAGGGAAGUCAUCAGAAUGGUACCGGUCAACACAUGCUCCAGCAUCAAGGACAACAUCAGGGACCGCUGGGUAUGAGCGAGCAUAAUGUUCAAAUUUCUUGGGGGCAUCAGAAACCGGGUCAAGGCCAAAAUCAAGGCCAAGGGCAAGGACAGGGUCAAAAUCAAGGACAAGGACAGGGACAGGGUCAAAAUCAAGGUCAGAAUCAAGGACAAGGGCAAGGCCAGAAUCAAGGACAAGGCCAAGGCCAGAAUCAAGGACAAGGCCAAGGCCAGAAUCAAGGACAAGGCCAAGGUCAGAAUCAAGGACAAGGCCAAGGUCAGAAUCAAGGGCAAGGUCAAAACCAAGGACAAGGUCAAAACCAAGGUCAAGGACAAGGACAGAAUCAGGGUCAGGGACAAGGCCAAGGUCAAAAACCUGGCCAAGGACAAGGACAAGGUCAAGGUCAAUGGCAGGGUCAAGGCCAAGGUCAAAAACCUGGUCCAAGCCAGGGACAGGGACAAGGGCAAAAUCAGAAUCAAAACCAAGGACAAGGUCAAGGACAAAACCAAGGUCAAAAUCAGGGUCAGAAUCAAGGCCAAUGGCAGGGACAAGGGCAAGGUCAAUUUCAACGACCUGGACAAGGACAAAAUCAAGGACAAGGCCAAGGACAAUGGCAAGGUCAAGGACAAGGCCAAAAUCAAGGGCAAGCUCAAGGACAAGGACAAGGACAAGGCCAAGGUCAGGGUCAAAACCAAGGACAAUGGCAAGGUCAAGGUCAAAGACCUGGACAAGGUCAAGGUCAAGGUCAAAACCAAGGACAGUGGCAAGGACAAGGUCAAGGUCAAAGACCAGGACAAGGACAGGGUCAAGGUCAAGGACAGUGGCAAGGACAAGGACAAGGCCAAGGUCAAGGUCAAGGACAAGGCCAAGGACAAAACCAAGGACAAGGUCAAUGGCAGGGACAGAAUCAAGGACAAGGCCAACAGCAAGGACAGGGACAAGGUCAGGGACAAUGGCAAGGACAAGGUCAAGGACAAGGCCAAGGACAGGGUCAAGGGCAAGGGCAAUGGCAAGGUCAGGGACAAAAUCAAGGAACCACUCAACGACCUGCUGGAGUACACAUUGGCAUCGCACCACAAGUAGGAGGCAAUGGGGGCCUUGGCGCAACGAUUAGUUUAGGUGGACCACACGGUGGUAUAACCGUAGGGGCCACCGUUUCGCAGACAGGAUUGAAUGGUAUGGUAUCGUCAUCCCACAAUUCGGCGUCCCAUUCGGGCGCAACGCUGAUCGGUGGAUCCAUUGGGACCACCGGGAUUCAGGCAAGUACGAGCCACAAUUCUUCCGGAUCGGUUUUGGGUGCCUCCUAUAAUCACACCUCUACUAGCAGUGGAUCCUUGGGUGCACAGGGUGUGCAGGGGAUGCACACGGGAUCAAACAAUUUCAAUAGUAGCCACGUAUCGGUAGCCACCGAAACCGUUGUUGAAGGUUCAAUUGGCGGAGGUCAAGUCACUGUAGCAGGCACCCUUAAUCACACCGAAUCCUUAGCAGGUGGCGCGGUUAACGUAAGUAGCACGUCCGGUGGUUCGUUUGUGGGAUCGAACAAACCGGACCAUUUUGGCGUCGAAGUGAGUGGGAUGCUUGCAACGAAUGCCAGUAUUGAUGCGCCAUUCCUAGGCCCUCAGCAAGGUAGCGUUUCGAUCGGCGGUGGUGGUGGUAUAGAUAUUGGUAGGCCCCCUCAAGUGUCAUCGACCGAUUACCCGUAUGGACCAUCGCAAACUCAACAACCUGAAUACACGACACCCUAUCCAGGAAAUCCUUCCACGGCCAGUGGAGUUCAACCUCCCAAUCGACCCCCGCCUUCCAAUGGAAACAAUAACCAAUAUCCUCCCUACCAGAUUGCAGUCUCCCAGUAUCCGUACUUCUUUGUUCCCUAUCCUUAUGCUCCUCCACCUAAUGUUGCUCAAGUUCCCUGCAACUGUCCUCAAGAUCAAAACAAACCCAAUCAACCAACGGGCUAUCUAGGGUUCAUUCCAGUGAUCUACGUUCCGAACUGCCACGCCCAGAAAAGUGGGCUCCCAACCCACAUAAACUGGCCAGCUCCUCCACCUCCAGAAGGUCUCGGUCGGUCUCUCGAAGACCUCCCAAUUCAGCGACUGGUCCAAGACGAAAACGGCAACUGGCAACUUCAACAAGACAAACCAGAGUCUGAGCAGCAACAGCAACAGUUGCAACAACUCCAGCUUCCUCCGGCACCUGCUCCUCGACCACGCACCCGACAACUUCGCUCCCGCCGGCUAAGAAGUCGGCGACCAACGACGCCGGCACCCCUAAUCGGAAAACCUUUCUCCAAACCGACUGCGGAAACGCAAAUCGAAGCGCUCUAAGCGGGGCGACCAAGUCGCCCAUGGGUAAGACUGGUUCGGUGAAGAGAAUUGAAGAAACCCAAGGUUGAACCUCUCCACUCCGAACAAGAAUGUGAGAACAAAAUACUCAUCGAUUUAAGGUUUCCUAUUGGCUUAGUUUAAAAACACCCCUUCCUUCCAUUGCUUCCAUUUCGACCAUAUCCAGUUUUAGAAUUCAUUGUACAAACUCACACUGUAGAUCUUUAAACAAAUGAAAUGAAGAAAAUCUCAAUCAAACUUAUUUUAUCAUAAAAUAAUUUUUCGAGUUAUAAAAACUCAAUUCCAAUUCCAUCAAUUGCUAACUUUAGCUGGAACUUCAUAGCGAUGGAACUCUUUAGAUAAAAAAGCGAAAAGUGUGUCAGUGCAUUGAAAAUACAAUAAUUUAUUAUAGGUUCUAGGAAAUAAAUGAAUUUGAGCUGAAUGAAAA